CUGUAGAGUGAUUACCUUUCACUCCAAACACUUAAGGCAAGAAGGCUUGUGACAUAGUCCAAAAAGAUCAAUUCCAGCUACAGAGCUGCAUGAUGUUUUGGAGAUGGCGAGCAGAUCGCGCUCUUCUGAUGCUUCCAUUGGUCUUCUCUCCAACUUUUCUCUCCCCGGUCCUUCGAAGUCUACCCAGUGGCCUGGGAUGUCCGAUGCGUUCGGUGCGUUGUGCGGCGUCCAAACGCCAAGUGCUUCACGAUCGUCAUGUGCUGACGUGGAACGAACUGCUUCUGCGUAUUGACCGGGACCAAAUCCAUUCGAUGCUGAUUUUGUGUGGCACAACAGCCGGGAAUUUGGGCGCCAUUCUGAGAUCCAGCACCUUGCUGGAUAUCUCAGCUGUAUGCAUUUUGGAUGAGUCAGGCCCGUCAAAGGCGACCUUGGAUAAGGCCUUUCGAUUUUCCAUGUUGGAACAGAAGAGUCAUUGGGAUACCCUGGUGGUACCCGGACCGGAUACUCAAGAGGAGACCAAGUUCUUGUCGGACUUGAAGGAGAGAGGAGUGAAGUUGGUAGGAAUGGUGGCAGCUGGGGCUGCCAAUGGUGCAUCUUGUGACUUGUGUGAUUUGGAUCUUUCGACCCAAAGGCCGGUGGCCUUUAUCUUUGGUGCUGAUGAAGAAGAUGGCUUGGCCUUUACCAAAGAGAUCGAGGUUCAAGACCUGGACGUGUUGGCCAGCGUCUCCAUGAAGGACUUCGGCCGUGCGACAGCAACGCCGGACACGUUGAACCUCUCGGCCACGGCGGCCAUUGUGGCCUACGAACGGCAGCGGCAGCGGUGCCAGCAGCGGUGGUGGCAGGAGCUGAAGAAAUGGAUGAAAAACUGGGGGAAAUGGUGGGAUUUGAAAGUUGCCAGGUGA